UUUUAAUGUGAAAUCAUCUGACAGCUGUCAACGUCAUUUUAGAAUUGUUUUGUUAUUAUUAGCGCCAAAUAAUAGGAGCUUCUUUUUAUAAAUUGAAAAGAUUUUAAGAGUACUAAGUGUUAAUAUGACGUCUGCCUUGUAUUUGGAGCAUUAUCUGGACAGUCUGGAACAUUUACCAAUUGAGUUACAAAGAAAUUUUACUUUAAUGAGAGAUUUAGAUUCACGAGCACAAGGAUUAAUGCAAAAUAUUGAUUCUCUAUCCGACAAUUAUUUGAGAAAUCAAAAAACUAUCAGUCCAGAGGAAAAGAAGGAACAGCUGCUUAAAAUUCAAUCAUUAUUCAACAAAGCAAAAGAAUAUGGAGACGACAAAGUACAGUUGGCAAUUCAAACAUAUGAGCUAGUUGAUAAACACAUUAGGAGGUUAGACAAUGAUUUAGCCAGGUUUGAGUCUGAAAUUCAAGAUAAAGCGCUGAAUUCACGUAACCAGGAUGAACCUUCGGUUGGAAAAAAAGGUAGGAAAAAAACAAAAGAUGGUAAAACCGAGAAAAAGAAACGUCCUGGUAAUUCAAGUGAAGAGGACUCAGCAGGAACAGUUCGAGGCACCAAGAAGAAAAAACAAAAAGGGUCGGGCUCUGCUGGAAAUAGUGGCAGUACCACAGGCAGUGGUGCUAAAGCUGCCUCAGGUGAGGCUACUGAUUCUGGAUCCGGAUUGCCUGGGUUAGCUGGAAUUGCACAUCCAAGUGACGUGCUGGAUAUGCCUGUUGAUCCAAAUGAACCAACUUAUUGCUUGUGUCAUCAGGUGUCAUAUGGAGAAAUGAUCGGUUGCGAUAAUCCCGAUUGCCCUAUUGAAUGGUUCCAUUUCGCUUGUGUGGGCUUGACAACUAAACCCAAGGGAAAAUGGUAUUGCCCUAAAUGCACACAAGACCGAAAGAAGAAAUAAUCCAUAGACAAGUUAAAACAUUAGGCAAAUUUUUAUUUUUUUAAAUUAUUUCCUAUUUAAGUUUAAAUUUAUUGAAAACGAUGUUUUCGUUACAAAGUAGCAAUAAUACAAGUUUGUUAUUUUGAUAAAUUUAUAUCGUCUGAAGUAUUAAGAAGAUAAAUGUAAUUUAAGCAUUA